AGGUACUUAUUAAUAAGUCUGCCAACCUACCUGAAACACACAUUGAAUAGCAAUUAAAGCACAAGAAUGGGACACAAAGAAGAGUCAAGAAGAACAAUGGAAGAAAUAUCACCAAAUCAAGAAGAAGAGGUUACAAAUGAGAGGAGUGCCACUUUUUAUCUUUACCAUCCAUGUUCAUUACUCCAAAAAUUCCUUGGAACUUUCUUCAAAUGUCUAGGGUUUGAAAUUGAAGCAAACAAAAAAGAACAUGAUGAAGUAGAAGCUCAUUCAGAUGCAGAAGAGGAUCUUGAAAGUAAUGAUGAUGGCAAAGUUCUUGCAUGUGCAGAACAAAAAGAAUGUUCAACGAGUGAUGGUCAAAGUUUUCAACUUAUCAGCACUUUGAUCAUUAGGAGAGGUGGACAAAGAAGAUCAGAUCUUAGUAUGGGAAGAGGUGGACGAAGAAGAUCAGAUCUUAGUACGGGAAAAGGUCCAGGGAUUAAUUCAGAAUUUCUUUAAAUCUCUCUAUCAUUUCCUAUGUAGAGUCUUCUUCUAUGCAAGAACUUUUGCAUGUGUGUAGACAUUAGCUAUUUAUGCAUAACAAUGCUCAACAGGGGUGUGCAAAAAGUCAUAGGAUCUGAAGAUUUAAAUAGUAAGUUGUUGGGUUUAAUUUUGAUGUAUUUGCACUCUAGUAUAACAUCUCUUACUAAGUCUUUUUGUCAAAAAAAAAAAA